CCUGGCACUUGGAUGAAGGUUAGAAGCGAGUUUCAGGAUAUUUGGGAGUCAAAACAGGACAAAAAGUGGAGUCUACCCCAAUGUCACGGUUUAAAUGGUGACAUCUGCUCGAAUGUCACGGGCUGGAGUUGAAUGUCAUAGUUUAAGGGGGUCAAAAUCUCUCAUAGGUCGUGAAAUUGAUGAAAAAGGAAGAAUCUUUUCCCCGUGUCACGACUGGACCUUUAAUGUCAUGACCUCAAGAAUGACAUAGACCAUGACAUGCUCGCACUUAAUGAAAUGACAGUUUUCGGAUGUCGCAGCCUGAAGUUGAAUGCCAUGGCCAUAACAUUGGACAUGACAUGGCCUCUACCUUGUGUAUAAGAGGAUUGUUGCUAUUCUAGAGAAAAAGAGCUGGGUUUUUGGAUCUAAAAUACCGAAAGGACAAACCCUAGAGGGGGAGAACGAUUCAGGGUCGAUCUUGGAUCGAAAUUGGAGGGUAUUUUGGAAUAGGAACUCUUGGAACAAGUCCGUACGUGGAGAUUGAUGAUAUAGAGCGGAUUAUUAUAUUCUCUCUCUUCUUUUCCCUUCACUUAGGUUUUGAGGAACCUUAGUCAUAUUUUGUUUGACUGGAUGAUUUUAUGAGUACUCUUUCUUGUUAAUCUUGAGUUCAUAUUCAAUCUAUGCAUGAUUUAUGUUCAAUUCAACUUUAAUCAAGAUUAUUGUUUCUACUUUGAUAUAAUAGAGAAUACCUGAUCAGUUCAAUGAGGACCAUCAAAAUGAAAGUACUGGAUCGAUUGUGCGAUAGUGAGUGAAUUCAUUGCUUUGUAUUGAGUGAGAGUCUUGCACAAAAGAGAGAGUUCAGUGUAGAAUUCCUUGAUCGGUUGUAUUAGAGAAAAAUACGUCCCUCUAAGAAAUCGUCUCAAGAAGGCCUUGAAUGUUUUAAUCUAACUUCAAGGCUUAGCCAAGGACUUUCUGCAUUAUGAUUAAAGAGUGAAACAAACUUGAGAAUAAUCAAUCAUAAAUCCAGCUAGUGGGUAGGGGGAAUCAAUACUUGAGUGAGUUUUCAACUUGUAAAUAAUCUAGUCGUAGUUUAGUUUGUUAGCAUAGUUGUAGUUCUUUAAGUUGAAUUUGAUUUAGCUAGAUAAUAAACCAAAUCUGACUAAUAGUACAUCUAUAGAUUUGUGGAUUCAAUAUUUUAUUAAUUGUGCCACUCUACUGCGAUCCUGUCUUUUGUUACACUUAGCCAUUGAUUAGAGUGGUGUUUUUAACGAGUCACUUCUUGAAGGAUGGAGACGCUUGAUCAUGGUCGCUGUUGUUUGCCGUUUGCCUCUUUGGUGCUGAUGUGUUGAGGAUUUGCAUGUAAGGAAUGAAAUUAGUAUAAGGAAACAAAAAUUUGUUAAAUGACUUUGUAUACAAAUGGUAAAUAUUCCAUAGUGGAAUGAAAGCUAUAUUACUAAAUAAAUCUUGAAAGAUUAUCCAAUUCAAUUGUAUUCCCAAUGUGGUUCCUUCCAAAUUAUUUAAAAUUUUCAUAUAUAUCCACAUAUUGUCAUUUUACCAAAAUUGUAAAAAUAUUUUCUCAAUUGGAUUACAACGUCAUUAUUAGUGUGCCAAUUUUGCAAUUUGCUGAAAUGGUUAGUGUGCUAAAUUAAUCCCUAUAAAUACCAUGAUGAUUUUUUUUCUUUCUUUCACCGAGCAAUCAAGUUAGAAAAGUAAACACAAAAGGAAUCGAGAAAAGAAAACAAGCAAGAGAGAAACUAGCCUAUCUAGAUCAGAAAAAUGGCAAAGCUUGCAAUGGUUGCCCUAAUCUUGUGCGCCGUCCUAUUCAACUUUGUUGUAUCGAGCAGAGAUGUAGAUCAGCAACUCAAGUAUUGCCCAAGCACAGAUGUGUUCCCAGGAGGAUGCGGUGGGCAGCUACAAGAACAGUGCCUUCUCGACGUUCUGGGGAAGUAUGGUGCCAGCAGCAUGCCCAAAAACUGCUCCUGCACUCCUUCUGGCGCUCAACACAUUUGCAACUGCCAAAUUGUUUGCCGUGCCUGAAAACUUUUCGUGUUCUAUAUCUUUGAUUACGAUUAUAAUCACUACUAGCUAGUAUAGUUGGAGUUUGAGUCAUGCUUGAGAUGUGUAAUGCCUUGAAGGUUCAACGGUAUACUUUAUUUCCGUUAUAAUAACACAAGACACCAGUUUUGAAUUACAUUGAAUUAUAAUUAAUUACCUCAUCAAAACCAUAGAAGUGCAAACCAAAACCAGAGUGAUUUCUGAGGUAAGUCGGAUUGAUAAGUAGGAUCGCGAUAUUCCCAAUCGAGAAUUCGAAGCAAACAAAUUAAAAAAAAAAAAACGU